CUGUGCGAUGUUCCAGGCUGUGAUUGGCUCAGGUUGCAGCACUGGUCCUUUAAAAGCUGUGUGAGCCUGCUUUGCCUGUGAAGCUGCAGAAUCAGAGUGGCCCCACUGUUGAGGAUUUCACUUCAGACGCUACAAACAUGGUUGAGAAGUUUGUCGGGACGUGGAAGAUGGUGACCAGUGAGCAUUUUGAUGACUACAUGAAAGCAAUCGGUGUUGGCUUUGCAACACGGCAGGUGGGGAAUCGAACCAAGCCCAACCUGAUAGUGGCCGUGGAUGAUCAAGGGAUUGUUUGCAUCAAGACUCACAGCACGUUCAAAACAACUGAAAUCAAAUUCAAGCUCAAUGAGCCGUUUGAAGAAACUACAGCAGAUGACAGGAAGACGAGGACUGUUAUGACUCUGGAAAAUGGAAAACUUGUGCAGAAACAGAGCUGGGAUGGCAAAGAAACAAGUAUCGAGAGGGAGAUCACAGAUGGAAAAUUGAUAGCGAAAUGCAUCAUGGGCGAUGUGGUUGCAGUGAGGACGUACGUGAAGGAGGCGUGAUGGAGCCCUUUUUCAGCCGGCUUUCUGCACAAACUGCUGGGUAGCAGGCUCAGUUCAAAUUCUUCACCAUGUUGGCUGAAUAAACCUUUUGUGUGCCUCUGUUUUCCUAAACACUUGAUUUCAAAUAAAUGUUGUGAUUUGAAUAAAAUG